GUCACCUGCUACACACGAGAGAGAAAACCAUCUCUCAACUCUCAACAGUACGUUCGCUAGUUCUAGCUACAUGGCUUCCAACGCGAGCAUGUUGGCCGUAUUCAUGGCGUGCGCGCUCCUCCUCGCCGGCAGCAUGUGCCACGCCGCCCGCAACCUGGCCGACACGACGCCGGCGGCUGCCGCUCCGGCUGCUAGCACCGUCCCAGGCCUGCCUGCCGUGCCCACGGACACGGUCACCCUGAUGCCGCCCAUGCCGUCCGUCACCCUGCCCACCGUGCCGCAGGUGACGCUGCCGUCCAUGCCCUCCAUCGUCGUGCCCAAGGCGGUCCUGCCGCCCAUGCCCAAGGUCACCCUCCCCACCGUGCCGCAGGUGACGAUGGCGCCGAUGCCUGCCAUUGUCGUGCCCAAGGUGACGCUGCCGCCGUUGCCAUUCGUCCCGAAUGUGCACGUGCCUAUGCCGUUCGCAGCACCGCCCCCGUCAGCGUAGGCGUGCCCACGCCGCGGUGCUCUCGCCCUGUCCACGAUAGGACGCGCCGUUCAUCUGAGUGUGGCGCCAGGUCACUCCGUGGACACGACGUACAUUUUCUUACAUGCAAGCUCGGUGUUUUAUAUGCGAUGUAUCACAGUACCAGUAAUUCUUGCCUUUUUUUUAGAUCUCAGUAGUAUAUGUGUUUGUAGUGUUUGAAUGUUGAGGGUUUUGUCCCAUUGUAUGUAUUUCUUUACCUUCUUAAAUACAAAUUAUUAUUUACGGUA